AUGGCGCUGGCCAAGGAGUCCAAGGAGGUGACUCUCGACAAGAAGACCAAUGAUGCUCUUCUUCGAAAACUCGACUUUUUCUUGAUGCCGUUGGUCUCCUUUCUAUACUCCUUGUUCUACAUUGACAAGGCCUGCAAUGGUUAUGCGGCAGUUAUGGGAAUCAAAACUGACAUGAACAUGGUUGGUAACCAAUACGCAUGGACCUCCUCAGCUUUCUACUUGGGAUACCUAUGUUUCCAGCCGAUUGCCGGUUACACGCUCCAAAGAUUUCCUCUUUCAAGAACAUUUAGCAUAUAUAUGUUCUCAUGGGCUGUCAUCAUUUGCCUACAAGCUUCGAAUCAGAGCUACGCAGCAUUCAUAUUUUUAAGAACACUUCUGGGCUGCUCGGAAGCAUCUGCCUCUGUCUUCACCACUAUUCUGACGUCUCAGUACUACCGCAAAAAAGAGGCGUUUUUGAGAGUGUCCUUUUGGCUCAGUACCGCCGGGUUUGGGGUGUUCUUUGGAUCUUUGAUGUCUUACGGUAUCGCUAUUCGAGCAGACCAGUUUUCGAUCGAGCCUUGGAAAAUCUUGUUUAUUGUCGUGGGGCUAAUAUCGUUGACGACUGGAAUCAUCGUUUUUGUUCAUAUUCCAAACACUCCUGGAAAAGCAUGGUUCUUGUCCAAAGAAGAGAAACUGCUUGUGGUGGAGAGACUGAGAGAGAACUUCCAAGGUUUUGGAAACAAAAAGUUCAAAAGAUACCAGUGCAUCGAGGCCCUGCUGGACGUGAAAACCUGGCUCUUCUUUUUCUACGCCGUGUCGUUCAACAUUCCGAAUGGAGGAAUCAGCUCUUUUGGAUCAAUAUUGUUGAACUCUGACCUUGGAUACUCCGCUACUGACGCACUACUCUACGGAUGUCCUCAGGGAGUGGUGGAAUUUAUCGGACUUCCUAUUAUCGCGUAUCUGAUCCAAAGAUACAACUGGCCACGGCUGCUGACCACCAGUAUAGUUAUUGUGGUAUGCCUUCCGUUUGCCUGUAUGCUUGCUUUCUGUGAAGCAACGCACGCAAAGCUCGCUGGUUACUAUCUGCUGAACUUGAUGCAAAUUGGGCCUAUUGGAUGUUUCUCUUAUUUCGCUAGCAACACCCCGGGCCACACGAAGAAGAUCACUGUCACUGGUAUUUAUCUGAUUGGAUACUGUGUUGGCAAUCUUAUUGGUCCCCAGACCUACCGCGCUUCAGAUGCUCCUCACUAUGUGCCAGCAAAGAUCGCUAUAGUUGUGUGCCUGGCUGUCGCAUCCUUCUGUAUUUUGGGAGUUUACCUUCUUUGCAGGGCAGAAAACAUAAGGCGUGACCGCAUGGAGGAGGCACGGCCCGAGCUGGCUCCAGAGAAUAUCGAGUUCUCGGACUUGACCGACAAGGAGAACAUUUUUUUCAGAUACACCCUCUAG